UUUCCAAUGAGUUGUUGUAUCAAGACCGAUAAAUUAUAAUUGAACAAUUCUAAUUGCGCUUCGUACACUGUAACUGUGACCACGAAAAUGUGUUGGGGAAACUUAUCUUCGUACAAGCAAGAUAGUAUCUGGUCGUGGUUUAUUUGUUUCUGUACGACGAUAUGCAUGAUCCUUUCAGUUGGAUUCACGUUCGCUCUUGGCGUUCUCUUUCCAGUUUUGAUGAAUUAUUUUGACGAAAACCGUGAGAAAACGGCAUGGGUUUCGUCGAUAAUAAUAGGCGUAUUUUGCUUUCUUGGUCCUGUUUCGAGUGCAAUCCUAAACAGAUUUGGUGUUCGUGUCACAACCAUUUUGGGUUGUUUGUCGUGUGCCGUUGGCCUUGCAUUGGGUUCAUUUGCUCCAAACAUCAUCACCCUCUACGUUGCCUUCAGUUUGCCAUUUUCUAUUGGGGUAUCGGCUAUUUACGUGGUUUCGCCAAUUAUUGUGUUUCAAUACUUCACCAAGAAACGGUCCUUUGCUCUUGGAAUUGUGACCGCUGGGCAAGGAAUUGGAACGAUGAUUCUUGGACCAGCUCUUCAAGCGUUAGUUGAUUUGUUUGGUUGGAAGAACUCUUUCCGUUUUUUCGCUGGUAUUUUAGGUAUUGCAUCAGUUACUGGAGUCAUCCUUCAUAGAAAAAGUACAUCUGUAAGGACUGAUGAAAAACAGGAAGCUCGUAGAAAGAAACGUCCGCAAAACCUUUCGUUGCUAAGGGAUCCUAUCAUCUGCAUGAUAGUGCUGAGAAAUGGACUUGCCACAUUUGCUCGUCUGGUGCCAUACGUACACAUAAUAAAGUAUUGUGAUGAUCUCGGUAUUCCAGCUAACAAAAGCUCCUUUCUGUAUCUAUUUAUGGGUAUUUUCGCCACCAUCGGACGUCUUGGGGCAGGAUUUUUAUGCAAUUUGAGAUUCAUAAAAGCCCGAUGUCUCCAACAAGUUGGGACAUUUAUUGUCGGGGUGUCGACAAUGCUACUUACCUUGACAACUACUUAUGCUGGACUGAUUGCUUUCGUCAUUAUAUUCAGUGUCGCAGAUGGUAUUUUGAUAACAGCUCUCAUAAUCGAAUGUAUGGAAUCCGUUGAAGAUUCGUUAAGGGCAUCCGCGUUUGGGCUUGUAUUAAUGGUUGCGGGUGGAUUUGCUUUAGGUAGCCCACCCUUAUCAGGGUUUAUGGCAGAUGAGUUUGGUAACUACUUUGCUGCGUUUCUUAUGGCUGGUGGAGUGGCGAUUGUUGCCAGUCUCAUCCCAUUUCUUCUCAUUUGUGUGAAACAAGAACAAAAGAAAAACUUUGAUGAUGACGUUGAAGAGACAGUGCACCCAGGCCAAUUAGAGGGUGUGGAUGACACCGGAUUGGAGUCCAAAGGUGGUUCUCAGGACUCAAUAUCUACGAUUGGUAGAGAUCGUCUGAUAAGGUCUUCCUCAUUCGCUAUAGCCUUGGAUAGUCCGAUCUUUUGAUGAAGAAUAUUUUGCUUCAAGUUUUUUCAUAAAAAGUCUGUCAUAAAUUUGUUUUAUGUUUCCAAAUUACAUUUAGUAUAAAGAGUUAAGUAAUGGUAGUACUGAAACGAAAACGAAACUAAACUGUUUGCAAAGUCUAGGAUUCACUCGUGUUGCAACGCUCACACGACUGCCACACAACGAAAAUGACUUAGAUGGCAUGAUGAUUACAAAGUACUAAACUAGAGAUAAGUUGAGAUAAGAGAGAUCAAAAGAUUGUCUCUGUUGUAAGGCGAUGUGUGCAGCGCUGACCACUAGCACAAGAGUAAUCCAUACAUACGUAUACCUACAUACAUUUAAUUAAUACUUUUGAUACAAAUUUACAUAUUUUCGUACUCUGACAUUUAGCUUUACUACAAACAACGUUUAAUUUCAAUAGAUUAAAAUUCCGGAAAGAAUGCUCUGCUACCGUCGAACCUGUAUUAAGAGGUCACCCAUGGGGAAUGGUGACCGCUUUAUACAGAUUGAACGCUUAAUACAGUUCCACAGAUUGGGGGUAUUUUAAAAAAACAAUUCAAAACGCCACUUUGUGCCAAAAUUGACCACUUAAUCUACAGAAUCUCGCUCAGAAAUACUACUUUCUUUGAUUUUGAGAAAGGAACAUGGAUUCAACAUUACGUGAAAGAUUAUUCUUAGUUAUAUUUGAGUAGUUCCACAGAUGGGAAACAAUAAGAACAGGCCGUUGGGAGGGACCGCUUAAUAAAGGUAACCCCUAGAAAUGAAAAUUAUUGUGGUUAAGGGGAAAAAAAUUCGGGACUUUGACAACUGACCGCUUAUUACAGGGUGACCGCUAAAUACAGAGCCGCGUAAUGCACGUUCGACUGUCUAUUGGUCCUUCCCUCGAAUGACUCACAGGGCCAGCUUUGAAGGUUACAGCUUUGCUGACGUGGUACUUCUACCUUUGUGUCUCUUGAUAUCAACUUCUUCCGCUGAAUGUGUUUGAACUUUUGAAUCGCUGUACUCUAAACUAAACAAAGCAUAUGAAUGAAUUGAAAAAAGUUAUGGAAAAAGAAAACGGGGAGAACAAUAGAACAAAUAUUUCUUUCAGAAACAGUAAUCGAGAGAAAAUGUGAAGCAAUUGUAUUUUAUACUUGAGA